AUGGUGUUUGCAGGCAAUUUGCAGCCCACAAAAGAGGCAGAAUCUCUCCUAGAGAGCCAGCUUUCCCAGGCCCUGAACGGCUUGUCAGACAGAGCCAAGGAAGCAAAAGAGUUCCUGGUCCAACUCCGCAACAUGGUGCAGCAAAUCCAGGAGAACAGCGUGGAGUUCGAGGCCUGCCUGGUGGCCCAGUGUGACGCCCUCAUUGACGCCCUCAACAGAAGGAAAGCCCAGUUGCUGUCCCGGGUCAACAAGGAGCACGAGCACAAGCUGAAGGUGGUACGAGACCAGAUUUCUCACUGCACGGUCAAGCUGCGCCAGACCACGGGCCUGAUGGAGUACUGCCUGGAGGUCAUCAAGGAGAACGACCCCAGCGGCUUCCUCCAGAUCUCCGACGCUCUCAUCAGGAGAGUGCACUUAACCGAGGACCAGUGGGGCAAGGGGACGCUCACCCCACGGAUGACCACGGACUUUGACCUGAACCUUGACAAUGCCCCUCUGCUGCAGUCCAUCCAUCAGCUCGACUUUGUGCAGAUGAAAGUUUCCUCCCCAGUGCCGGCCCCUCCGAUCCUGCAGCUAGAGGAGUGUUGCACCCACAACAACAGUGCCACUUUGUCCUGGAAACAGCCCCCCUUGUCGACGGUGCAGGUGGAAGGCUACAUCCUGGAGCUCGAUGAUGGCAACGGCGGCCAGUUCAGGGAGGUGUACGUGGGCAAGGAGACCAUGUGCACGGUGGAUGGGCUUCACUUCAACAGCACGUACAGCGCACGUGUCAAAGCCUUCAACAAAAGCGGAGUCAGCCCCUACAGCAAGACCCUGGUCCUCCAGACAUCUGAGGACACGCAGUCAGAAGAACAGACCCUCCCUUUUCCAGUGCCUUUGGAAAGAUCGCAGCUUCGUAGAAUGAGUCCUUUCUCCUCCACCCUUAAUCUACAACCCAGCUUUCCGGGGAGAUCCUACUUUGAGCUAAGAUCUUCGGCCCACCAGCUGAGCUUGCAUUCUUCUUUGCAGUCCCUGAAUUCAGCUGGAUGCAAUUUUGAGACACAAGGAACGCCUUACUCUCAAUUAGUUGACAUUAAAAAAAUGGUGGCAGUUGCUUGGUUUUCUUUCGAUCCUGCCUCUGCCCAUGCUGACAUCAUCUUUUCAAAUGACAACCUGACUGUCACCUGCAACAGCUAUGAUGACAGGGUUGUGCUGGGGAAAACGGGCUUUUCCAAAGGGCUCCAUUACUGGGAGCUGUCGAUCGAUCGGUACGAUAACCACCCUGACCCAGCCUUUGGCGUGGCACGCAUUGAUGUCCUGAAGGAUGCCAUGCUGGGCAAGGACGACAAGGCCUGGGCCAUGUAUGUGGAUAAUAACCGGAGCUGGUUCAUGCACAACAAUUCGCACACCAACAGAACCGAGGGUGGGAUAACGAAAGGCGCCACAGUGGGAGUGCUGCUGGAUUUGACCAGGAGGACCUUGACGUUCUCCAUCAACGAGGACCAGCAAGGGCCGGUCGCCUUUGAGAACCUGGAGGGCCUCUUCUUCCCCGCUGUCAGCCUCAACAGGAAUGUGCAGGUGACGCUGCACACCGGCCUGCCCGUCCCCGAAUUCUACGCUUCGCGCUCAGCCAUGCCCUGAGGAUGCUCCCGGAGCCGGCUGCCUCUUCUCGGGACCAGAGAGGAGCCAGCCCGUUCCCUCCUGCGGGACGAGGCCAGUCGCUGAGCCGCCGGGUCCCUGCUCGGCCGCCGGCCGGAGACGGGGAGGCAAAGCGGGAAGGAAGAAUCUGGCUUUUGGCUGUCUCUGAUCUCCACCCUCCCGCACUGUCCUGUGUGUGUGCGCUUCGCUGUUUAGCUCUUUUUGGCUGAUGAAGUACCUAGGUAGCCUGAGAUGUUCCUCUGUGUCCGCUUUUAGGUUUGGUUUUAUUGAUUUGAGUUGCGGUUUGGGCCGAGGGGGGGGCAGUUUAGUCUCGUUUGGCAGAGUGCUUUCCCCUCCCACGCCAGGGGGGUGACUGGAGGGACCCCCACCACGGGAAAGCUUUCACCCGCGCCAGCCCUGUUACUUUGCAAGAUAUUUUUUUCCCCCGUGGCCUUUCUUGCAGAGCGCCCUCAGUCACGUGUAGAGGUGGGUCCUGGAUUACCAGUCAGUCUCCACGCCCUUACCAAAACGCCCAGCCCCUUGAUCCCCCCGGCCCUGAGGCAUUUCUGUGGGGCACAGGGGGGACACCACCCUGUCCCUGGGUGCUCUGGGUGCCAGCAGACCCUCAGUCCAGCACCGAGCACCCAUGCAGUGCUCUCCCCCGGCUCCCCGCAGCCCGGCACACGCCACAGCCAUACGCCAGAGAGCCCUCGCCCGGCUCUUUGGAGAUUAGUGUUUAUUUUUUUAUAGUUGCCAUAUAAAGCCUAGCCUUAAAUACUAACUGAUAGUGUCCUUCUGUUCACCGGAGAAUUCAUUCUGCAGUGAGGCUCUUGACGGGGAGCCCGGCGAUGGGGAUGAGGAGGAUGGGGAUGGGGAGGAAGGAGAGCUGGCCACAGCCCUGCCACGCACUCAGGAAUACGCACCCGCUGCCCUGCCUGCGCCUGCUGCCGGCAGCAGUUCCCGUCAGCCUCCCCCCCCCAACUUUGACUUUCUGGUAAUUCCGAGGCAGGAGAGGAGCAGGAGGAGAUCAUGGGCGCCAUGCCUGGUGCCAGCCCCCCCAGUUCCCGUGCCGAGGCCGCCUGCACACCCAACGUCCCCACACUCCGCUCGUCGCUCCCUCGCUGUCUCCCGGCGAGGCUGGCGGAGCUGGGGGAGGCGGUGGGAUGGCCCCGGCGGGGUGCCAGCGUGCCCAGCCCGGCCGGGGAGCUGCAGCUCCUCGAAGCGGGGUGGGCUGGGAUGCUGCGGGGGUACCGCUCCGGCAGAAAGUGUAAAUAGACCGUUCCCUUCCCAUGUGCCCUCUAGGACGGUCCCUUUCGUUCCCUUGUUGCUCUAGUAUUAAGUUUACCUAAUUUAUUGGAUGGGUGCUAUCUUGUUGACUUACACCGAGGAGUUUCUCUCAGCUGCAGGAGAGCUGUGUUGCGGGACAACGCCGAGCAGCUCUUUGGUGAAUUCCUGACGAGCCCCCGUGGCCGGCUCACCCGGGGCUCCUCUCUCAGCCGUUAUCCCCCCUUUCUUUAGGAUGUUCAUGGUGCUUAUUAGACUCCCAGUGAUUGUAAGACGUCGUCCCCCUGUACUGCAAUGAUAGCUGCAUACAGCCGCUCUACUGAAGAGAAGUGUCAUGUUUGCUGUUCUAAAUAAAGGACUUUUAUGAGAGAUGG